UGAAAUAUACAACAACGGUAGAAAUACACCUUCUUACACUUUAAAUGGUUAAAUUGAGACAGGAUGGAACAAGGAGGCACUUAGACCGAAGAACUUUUUACGUGGUGCCGGGAAAAGAAAAGCUCUGAGUGUGCAGAUCCCUCGGACUUCGGAACUUGGAGAGGUGAGUCCAGAACCGAGAGCGAGGAUGCCCCUUCAGAAUGCAACCCAGUAAUAGAGCGACUGCCCCCUCCUCGGCUGGAGCUUCGCAGCCCCGCAGUCUGCCCUCAUCAUCUCUUCUCGGCAGUUUCUGUAGUGAUCCUGCAAAAGAAGAUGAAGAAAAACAGAGAAAGAUUCUGCAACAGAGAAAGGGAAUUUGUGUAUAAAUUCAAAAUAGGAAGUCAGUGCUUAGAACUGAGGGUGCCCCUCAAAUUUCCCGUUCAAGAGAAUGCCAGUGAUUUACAUGGACGUCUGAUGCUGUUGCACAGUUUACCAUGCUUCAUAGAAAAAGACUUAAAAGAAGCUCUGAGCCAGUUUAUAGAAGAAGAAUCUCUCCGAGAUUAUGAUAGAGAGGCUGAAGCAUCUCUGGAAGCUGUGAAGUCAGGUGAAGUAGAUUUACAUCAACUGGCAAGUACUUGGGCCAAAGCUUAUGCUGAGACCACAUUAGAGCAUGCAAGGCCUGAAGAACCAAGCUGGGAUGAAGAUUUUGCAGACGUGUACCAUGACCUAAUCCAUUCCCCUGCCUCUGAAACACUCCUAAAUUUGGAACAUAAUUACUUUGUUAGUAUCUCAGAACUGAUUGGUGAAAGAGAUGUGGAGCUGAAAAAAUUACGAGAGAGACAAGGCAUUGAAAUGGAAAAAGUGAUGCAGGAAUUGGGAAAAUCACUGACAGAUCAAGAUGUAAAUUCACUGGCUGCUCAGCAUUUUGAAUCCCAGCAAGAUUUAGAAAACAAAUGGUCAAAUGAAUUAAAACAAUCAACUGCCAUCCAAAAGCAAGAGUAUCAGGAAUGGGUGAUAAAACUUCAUCAAGACCUAAAAAAUCCAAACAACAUCUCUCUCAGUGAAGAAAUUAAAGUUCAACCAAAUCAGUUCAGAGAAUCAGUAGAAGCAAAUGGAAGGAUUUAUGAGGAACAGAGAAAGUUAGAAGAAAGUUUUACCAUUCACCUAGGAGCUCAGUUGAAGACCAUGCAUAAUUUGAGAUUGCUGAGAGCAGAUAUGCUUGAUUUCUGUAAGCACAAAAGAAAUCAUCGAAGUGGUGUGAAACUCCAUCGACUCCAGACAGCUCUGUCUCUUUAUUCCACAUCUCUCUGUGGCCUGGUUUUAUUAGUAGAUAAUCGAAUCAAUUCAUACAGUGGUAUUAAAAGAGAUUUUGCCACAGUUUGUCAAGAAUGCACGGACUUCCAUUUUCCCCGAAUUGAAGAACAACUGGAAGUUGUCCAGCAGGUGGUACUUUAUGCUAGAACCCAGCGGAGGAGUAAGUUGAAAGAAUCACAUGAUUCUGGGGGCCGAAAUGGAGAAAGUGAUGAUAAGACUAAAAAUGCUGAUAGGAACUAUUUAAAUAUUUUACCUGGAGAAUUUUACAUUACACGGCAUUCUAAUCUCUCAGAAAUCCAUGUUGCUUUCCAUCUUUGUGUGGAUGACAAUGUGAAAUCUGGAAACAUCACUGCUCGUGACCCUGCCAUUAUGGGACUCCGGAAUAUACUCAAGGUUUGCUGUACCCACGACAUCACAACAAUAAGUGUUCCACUCUUGCUGGUGCACGAUAUGUCAGAGGAAAUGACUAUACCAUGGUGCUUAAGGAGAGCAGAACUUGUGUUUAAGUGCGUCAAAGGUUUCAUGAUGGAAAUGGCUUCAUGGGAUGGAGGAAUUUCUAGGACAGUGCAAUUUCUGGUACCACAGAGUAUUUCCGAAGAAAUGUUUUAUCAACUUAGUAACAUGCUUCCUCAGAUCUUCCGAGUAUCAUCAACACUUACUCUGACAUCCAAGCACUGAGGCUCUGUGGACCAACGUGCUGGCAGGAGAGGACUGUCACACUCUCCAGGACCUUGCACUAUGCUGGGACUCUGUCAAGCAAAAGAUACCCAGAAAGAGAACUUAAAACCCAAGCUACAAAUCAAAUCAUGAUAGAUGUCUGUCAAACCCUCCAAAAAUUCUUCUACCGAACAGGCUAGUGAUCAGCCCCUUACGUAUUUGUUUAUUGUUAAAGUCUCUUUAUGAAAAAAAUGUCUCUCUUUUCCUGUUGCCAUAUUAAUAGGAUAAAACUUCCUAUAUAUCGCUCAUGGACACUUGAUGUAGGAGAGUGUUCACUGCAUUUUAUGAAGACAUUUGUCUUUUCCCAAAGUCCUGAAUCAUAUCAGGUACAAGGCUUAAUUAAACAUACCAAUGAAAUCUUUCCUCUAUCGUAUUUGCCAAAUAAAAAUUAAAAAGCACUUAAAUAUACAUUGCAAAUAUGGAUGUCUUAAUGAAAAUCAUUUUGUAGAAACACAAAUAUAUGACAUAUACUUUUUUAAAUUCUCCUAUUUCAAAAACUUGCUUUUAAUGUACUCUUUGUAAGGUUUAUAAGUUCGUAGUGAGAAAAAGACAUUGGAUUCUUUACCUGUGUCUCAUCUUCCCCAUGUGACUUGCCCUUGUCUAUUAGUAACAUUUCAUGGUCUGGGAAAAUAAUGUUCUUAUUUGCAAGCCCAAAGGAAAGUUAGUCUAAACCAAUACCUGGCAGUAUUUUAGUGCCCACCAACAUUGUGACAGUUAGACAAUUAGAAUCAUUUUUAUUUCUCCAUCUGCUUUCUGCAUUUUCAGCUUCCUUAACUAUGCUUUUACUUGAAUUUUUUUGCUGUUUACUAUGUCCCUAUUUCUGUCUCUGCUCUGUUUCCUCUUCUUUUCCAUUGUCUUUCCUUGUAGAAAUACUUCUUCAAAUGCAGCAUAUCACUUCUGUGUCCCAUCUAUAACAUUUGCAAUGAGGAGUGACUACAUUGACAAAGGCAUUUACAAAAGUAAUAGUUUCAUCAAAUUCUAAUUGUAUGUAUGUUGUAACUGGUCAGUGGAAUGAUAUAGAGGACCUUUGACAUAAUAAAAUGGUAUAUCUUGAUUCCAAGAAA